AUUUCAUUAUAAAUAGAUAACAAUCCACACUGGUUACAGAAACAAAUAAUUAGUUAAGUGUAAGAAAAAAGAAAGAAAGCAAAAGCUGCAGAAAUGGCAAAGACCCUAAAUUCCAUCUGCUUCACCACUCUUUUGCUCGUUGUCUUGUUAAUUUCCACCGAAAUCCCCAAGAGCGAGGCGACUUGUAAGAAGUUUUUAGGCGAAGCCCCAGUAUAUCCAUGUAAGGAAAAAGCUUGUAAGGAAGUGUGUAAGGAACAUUACUACCACUCGUGUAAAGGAGAGUGUGAGAAGCAUGGCUACGAAGAGCAUUGCCACUGCUACGGAAAAUACUGAAAAUUACACAGAUAAGUCUAUCGUAUAAAGUAAAAACAAAUAAGACCUUUUAUAUAUCUCUAAUGUAAGUGUGGUGUCGUAUGUUCGAAUUAAUAAAGGUAUGUAUGUUUAAGCUGUUUGCUUUAAAUAAAAUGAAGAAUGCUGACCUUCUAAGUUUAUAACAAGAUCAUGUUGUAUGCUGUUUCGUAUUAAUAAUAAACUAUACUUUUGUGUUA